GACCUGCUGAGAAAAGAGGAGGGGAAUCAGCUGGACAUCAGGAAAAAGAGAAGUCUGAUUGGCCACACACCUGCCUUGGCCAACUCCCCCGUCCUCCCCAGGCAGCUGUCUACCCAGGCCCCUCUGUGUGUCUUGACUUGUCCAUCGGAGUCCCCACCUCUCUGGAAGCCUUGAGGCUGGACUUGGAACUUGAAGAGUCGACGAGGCCCGCCAUGAAGCCCCCGGCCUUCCUGAGCCUGCUGGUCCUGAUGCUGCAGGGAGCAGCGUCUCUCCCAGAGGAGGAGAGGGGCAGCAGAGAAGGCCAGCUGGGUGGGGAGGGGGACUCCGACACAGCUCUGCGUCUAGGGGACGGCGUCCUCGCUAACCUGAGCCACUAUGAUGAGCCCGCGGACUCCGAGGACCAGCUCCCCAAGGUCAAAGGGACCAGCCUGGCUUCUUCAACUGGGAUGAGUUCUGCUCAGAGCACGAGGGCUCCAGGGACAGCCCCUUCAAGCCCCACAGUGGCCAGGCCCACUGUGCUGGGCCUGCCGGCACCCCCGACCAGCCACGGCUUGCCCACCUGCCUGGUCUGCGUGUGCCUUGGCUCCUCCGUGUACUGCGACGAUAUUGACCUGGAGAGCAUCCCGCCCCUUCCCCAGACGACGGCCUACCUGUACGCCCGCUUCAACCGCAUCAGCCGGAUCCGGGCCGGGGACUUCAGAGGGCUGACCAAACUGAAGAGGAUUGACCUCUCCAGCAAUCUCAUCUCCUCCAUCGAGGACGAUGCCCUCCGCCUGCUGCCUGCUCUGAAGGGUCUGAUCCUCCCUGAGAACCAGCUGGCAGCACUGCCUGCGCUGCCCGCAGCCAUCGAGGUCCUGGACGUCCGCCGGAACCGGCUCCAGAGCUCAGGGAUACAGCCUGAAGCCUUCAGGGCGCUGGAGAAACUGCAGUUCCUCUACCUGGCUGACAACCUGCUGGACUCCAUCCCCAGGCCCCUGCCCCUGAGCCUGCGCUCCCUACACCUGCAGAAUAACUUGAUAGAGACCAUGCAGAGGGACACCUUCUGUGACCCCGAGGAGCACAAGCACACCCGGAGGCGGCUGGAAGACAUCCGUCUGGACGGCAAUCCCAUCAACCUGAGCCUCUUCGCCAGCGCCUACUUCUGCCUGCCCCGGCUCCCCGUCGGCCGCUUCACCUAGAGCGCCUUCCCCCUUCCUGGGUAAGAGCCCUCGAGGACCGCGGCCAAGGGCGUGGGCCUCCUGCGCCCAAGGGCCCGGCCCCUGUCUCUGAACAGUGGUCUUUCAUCCAGGCGUCAAUCAGCCUCGUGAUCCAAAUACAAAAAUUCCCG